CUGCAGUAAAUGGGACAUAGAUAAUUAUGAACUACACAAACACGUGCAAUCUUUGUAUAUAAAGCAGUGAAAAUCAGACGUUCAUUAUCAACUACAGUCCCUGUUUUUUGUGAAACAAUGAUGUGGUCUGUAUUGCUAUUCGUGACUCUCUGCAUGGUCCUGAUGGAGGUUAUCCCAUCCUCUCAACUACCAGCUGAGGAUAAUGAAAUGUUCGCCUUCCAAGAUGGACAAUCAGGAGACGGGCCGCCUGGUAAAAGAGAUGUGAGUUUUGAUGGGCAAUCAGGAGACGGGCCACCUGGUAAAAGAGAUGUGAGGUUUGAUGGGCAAUCCGGAGAUGGCCCACCUGGUAAACGAGAUGUGAGUUUUGAAGGGCAAUCCGGAGACGGGCCACCUGGUAAAAGAGAUGUGAGUGAUGAAAUAGUUAACGACAAGGGCAGACUGUUGCACGGAAAGGAUUGUUGGCCUCGGGCAUUUUGCUUACGACGUUAGAACUGUAGCAGCUCAAGAUUGGCCUUGAAUCGCAGCACUAAGCCCACGUUCUGCUUGUGUGUAACUUUGCCUUAGUCUAUAAACUUUGUGAAUAAUUCUGUUUAUGAAUUGCUAGUUCUUUUUUCCCUGUAUUGAUCAUAAAUGUAAUAUUUUAAACUA